GAAGAAGAAGAAGAAGAAGAAGAAGCUCACACGUGUGUUCCAACAUGUCUGCCCUCCGUGUUGUUGUCGUGUGCUGAGACGUCGCGAGCUUUUUUUUUAUAUUUUACAAUCUGCACAGUGAAGUUAUCGACCACUUCAGGUCAAAGGAACAUUAAAAGCUUCAACAUGGCCCAGAGGAAGAAGAAGCUGACGAAGAAGAAGAGACACACAACCGGAAGAGAGCCGGAGGCGGACUCUGACAGUGGAGACGUUGAACUGUCCGCUGGAAUUAAGGACGAUGAUUCUCCCGGGAAGAAGCUGCUGCCCCGGUUCCCUGCCUCAGCAGACUGCCUGUCAGAUGUGGAGCCUGACACCAGGCUGCUGGUCCGAGCCCAGAACAAGAAGAAAAAGAAGUCUGGAGGCUUCCAGUCCAUGGGUCUCAGUUACCCCGUUUACAAAGGGGUCAUGAAGAAGGGUUACAAAGUACCAACGCCGAUCCAAAGAAAGACUGUCCCAUUGAUUUUGGAUGGCAAGGAUAUCGUCGCCAUGGCCAGGACUGGCAGUGGCAAAACGGCUGCCUUCCUGGUUCCCAUGUUUGAGAAGCUCAAGGCCCCUCAAGCCCAAACGGGAGCCAGGGCCCUCAUCAUGACCCCCACCAGAGAGUUGGCCCUGCAGACCCUGAAGUUCACGAAAGAGUUAGGACGGUUCACUGGCCUAAAGACUGCCUUGAUCCUGGGUGGAGACAGAAUGGAAGAUCAGUUUGCGGCGCUUCACGAAAACCCUGACAUAAUCAUCGGCACCCCGGGUCGUCUCAUGCACGUUGUCAGGGAGAUGAACCUGAAGCUGCACAGUGUGGAGUACGUGGUGUUUGAUGAGGCUGACAGGUUGUUUGAAAUGGGUUUUGCCGAUCAGCUUCAGGAGAUCAUCCGCCGGCUGCCGGACACCAGACAAACUCUGCUGUUCUCUGCCACUCUGCCCAAACAGCUGGUGGAAUUUGCCAGAGCUGGACUGACAGAGCCAGUGCUGAUUCGUUUGGAUGUGGAUUCUAAACUCAGUGACCAGAUUGAGCUCUCAUUUUUCCAUCUGCGCAUGGACGACAAGCCGGCAUUGCUGCUUCAUCUGCUCAGGAACAUAGCGAAGCCCCAGGAGCAGACCGUGGUCUUUGCAGCCACCAAACACCACGUAGAGUACCUCAAAGAGCUGCUUUCUUCAGAAGGUUUGGACUGUGCCUACAUCUACAGUGCCCUCGACCAGACUGCCAGAAAGAUCAACAUCGGGAAAUUUGUGCAUAGGAAAGCCAUGGUGCUAAUUGUGACCGAUGUUGCGGCUCGUGGUAUAGACAUCCCCCUGCUGGACAAUGUCAUCAACUACAACUUCCCCUCUAAGCCCAAGCUCUUUUUGCACAGAGUUGGUCGUGUGGGACGUGCGGGCCGCAGUGGCAAAACCUACAGUUUGAUUUGUCCAGAUGAGAUGCCUUUAGUCUAUGACCUUCACCUCUUCCUUGGAAGGCCUGUUCAGUUCGCCACAGCUGAACACAAACAAGAUUCAGAGGGUGUGUUCGGUCGGGUCCCUCAGAGUAUCCUGGAUGACGAAGGCUCACAUCUCAGCACGGCUCACGAAAACUCGCUGGACCUGCAGAACAUGUAUCGUGUCUCUGAGAACGCCUACAAGCAGUACCUCAAGUCUCGACCCAAUCCCUCUUCAGAAUCCAUCAGACGUGUCAAAAACACAGAUAUGUCCAGCAUGGCAGUCCAUCCGCUUCUUGGGUCUGGUUUGGAGAAAAUGGAACUGGAUCACCUUCAAAUAGUUGAUGCCAUCAAGGGCUACAAAUCCAAAUCGACCAUCUUUGAAAUCAACUCCAGCAGUAAGAGCUCAGCCAGCGAGGUGAUGCGGGCCAAACGCUCCAAGGACACGCGGUUAGUGGACAAAUUCAACAGACACAGAGAGGACGUGGCAGCAGAGAGCCGCCUGCAUCAGCCCGUCAACCCGACCACCACCACCACCGCCGACGAUGAUUUCACACACACCGACGGCAACGAGGAAGAUGAUCUCAAGGGGGUGUUCUCUGCAGUGGUUGAUGAAAAAAGAAGAGGCCCACAGGAAUACAAGGAAAAAGGGUCAAAGAAAAGGAAAAGCAGACUGUCGGGUAAAGACGAGGACUAUUACAUCCCCUACCGACCCAAAGACUUUGACUCUGAGAGAGGGUUAAGUCUUGGCGGAGAAGGCAGCGCUUUCGAUCAGCAGGCGUCCUCAGCUGUCCUGGACCUCAUGGGAGAUGAAGGAAACAAUCUGAACAAAAACAACAAAAUAAUGAAAUGGGACCGUAAGAGGAAGCGCUUCGUGAGGGACACUGGCAAGGACGACCAGAAGAAGAGGAUCAAACUAGACGGUGGACAGGUCAUCAGUAACAAGAAGAACAAGAAGAACUUUUACGAGGAGUGGAAGAAAAAAUACAAGGUCGAUGAAGGAGGAUAUGGCUCAGAUGGAGAAACAGGACGAGGACGAGGAGGAGGACGGGGAGGAGGCAGAGGACGAGGAGGAGGCCGCGGCCGCGGCCGUAGCGGUCCUAACUACCAGAGCCCGGCACCGCAGCAGACGCCCGGUGGCCGAGCGGUGCGCUCAGAGCUAAAGUCGCGCCAUCAGAUCCUGAGGCAGCGUAAGAAGGAUCAGAAGCAGCAAUUCCUGCAGAGUGGAGGGCUCAAGAACCUCCGCGCCAAGAACAAGAAGUGGCUCGGAGAAGUGAAGAAGUCAGGCUUUGGACGCGGCGGACAAAAGAAGGGCAAGAUGAAGAAGAGACUCUGAGAGAGGAACGAUCACAGAGGGACGAUUCUGUGAGAGACUGGAGAUCAAUGGCACGACAAGGGACUGAGUGAUUUGUUGUUCCAACGCCCCAUAAGAUUUUCACGGUGCCUUGUAUGAUCGUGGAUUUAAGAAGAAGAGUCGAGGAUGUGCUUCAACUUUUCUUCUCAUCACUUACCGAACUCUCUAUAUUUUUUUUCCACAGAGUAAAGUAAAAGAAUCAUCCAAUUCAUUGGAUUUUGUUCUCCUAAGCGUGUUCAACAGAAUAAUCUGCUUAAGUGGAUUUGAGUACUAUAGAAAUAUGUCUAUACACAUUAUUAACUGAUGGCAUAAUAUAAAUGUGAAUAAGGCAAAAUUCUGCGUCACUUCUUCAUUUGCAGUCAGCCGACGAACACACUGUUACAUCUUUAAAAUUGUAAUUAAACUUAAUCUUUAAAAGGUGAAA